UAAGCUUGUUUUUGUUUCGGAACUUGAAAAAUGAGUUCAGAUAUUGACCCUGAUUAUUCCACUCGCCGUAACUUACGGCAAAGACAAACAAAGACAUCCAAUGAUGACAAUGUGGCUAUUGAAUCCGAGAAGCACAAGCGAAAAGGAAAGAAAAGAGGUCAAAAUUACGGGAAAAAUAGUGCUUAUGAUGAGUAUGGAAUUAUUCGCUACAAUGGAUUAGACAUUUGCGACUGCAUGAGCGAAGAGUGUGAUGGAUGCUGGUACGAAUGUCCAAGCUGUGGUUCUACCAGGUGCGGUCCUACCUGUAGAGCUAAUCGAAAGUUUUUCUACGAAGGAAUGAACCACGAUGGAAAAGACUUAUCCAUAACCAAUAAAUUCCUUCCAAAAUAAACUGAAAAUUAGUUUAAAAAUUAAAAAUGUAUGCCUAUGACGCGAACCUAGGUCAGGAAUUAGUUUUAAGUACCAAUAAAUGUAUUAAUAUUUUAUAAAUACAAUUUUCGUGUGAAAGCCCAAAGAAAACCUAGUUACAUUCAUGU